GAACACCGCCUUCUGUGUUGCAUAAAACUCUCGUACUCUCCCUCUUGUCGGUCAAAUCGUUUUUGUGUCCAAGGCUCGGUGUUGCAAAGCUGGUCAACCCCCCUACUAUGCGCCAGGCGACUCUUCCACUGCUUCUGUCUCUCCUCGCGCUGCCUGUGGACCUCGCAGACGCUGUGCGUGUGGGUAUCACUGGUCGGCGGUCACUAGCUCUUUCCAAGCUUCACCGCCGUGCGUCGCUUACUGGCACCACUGGGCUCGCCGACAGCUCAGAUAUCACCUAUACGACAAAUAUUACGCUGGGUGGGAACUCGUUCUCUGUAAUAAUAGAUACGGGAAGCUCUGAUCUGUACGUGACGGGCACGGUCCCUGGGAGCAAAGACACUGGAAAGUCGGCAGGUGUGCAAUAUGCGAUAGGGCAAGUGCAAGGUCCGGUGAUGCUAGGAGAGCUAGAAUUCGCAGGAUAUUCUGUAGGAGACCAAGCGUACCUGGACGUGCCCGCGAGCACUAGCAACAUUGUCGGCACGGGCCUUGUCGGCCUUGGCCCGAACAAUGGUUCCCAAGUCUUGCAGGCAUUAGGGAACUCGUCUGGAGACACUGUCCUCAAUAGAAUCUUCCAACAGAACACCUCUACGCCAAACUUCCUCACAAUUCUCUUGGGUAGAGAUGACGAUCCCUCCGACAAUUUCCCUGGGGAUCUCACUGUUGGAGAGAUUCUGCCAGGGUACGAUGCAAUCACCUCCCAGCCCAAGCUCAACGUGUCUUUGGUUCCGGUCAACGACGAGGGUAACCAGCACUGGCAGACGUUGCUUGAUGCGGGUGGGAUUAUUGGCCCUGAUGGCAAAGCCAUCGAUGUUGAGACUGCUGUUGAGUCUACGUCGAACAAGAAUCAGCUAACGGCUGUAUUCGAUUCAGGCUUCUCGUUACCUCAGGUGCCAGCGUCAGUGUCCGAAGCCAUCUACAGCGACGUACCCGGUGCCCAGCUUGUAAAAAACUCGGAUCUCGGGGAGGUCUGGACAAUACCAUGCAAUGUUGAGAUCAACAUUUCAUUCAGUUUCGGAGGCAAGACCAUACCUAUACACCCACUGGAUACCUCGCUUGACCUGAACGCAACUGAUGAUAAUGGAAACCACAUUUGCAUCGGGGCUUUCCAGCCAAUCUCAACAGCUGCAAGCCCCGACUUCGACAUGGUUCUUGGCAUGGCAUUUCUGCGCAACACCUAUUUUUACGUCAACUAUGGUGACUUCGUCGACGGCGGGACUAACCAGACCGCGGAUCCGUACAUCCAACUGCUGUCAACGACGAACGACUCGUCUCAAGUGCAGGCCGACUUUGUCAAGGUGCGCGGGAACCCUCAGACCUGGGACCCGAGCGGCGGCGGCAUUCGCGCACACUUGCCACUGAUCAUCGGCGUCUCCGUCGCUGCGGGCGUGCUCAUCCUCGCCUUGAUCGCGUUCUUCUGCCUGCGCAACCGCAGGCUUCGCAAGACCCCCGCGGGCUUCAUGAACUACCAGAGCUCGUACCAGCCGUUGCACGAACCCGCUCCGCCAUCUUACGACAUGUCCUCAAUGGGCGGCGGAGGGUACGGGCACCCGCCGCCGCAGCAUGCUAAUUACGGCAACCCAUGGGAUGCUCACUACUAGGUAUGGCCCCUCGGAUGGACUCACAUUCAUGUCAUCUUAUUUGUACAUCACCUUCCGCCGUCUGUCGUCAUUUAGUAGUAUACAGUAUUCAGCUAUGGACUCUUCGCAGCUGCUCUCGUGGGAUCGGACUGAAAUCGUCUUUAGGGUAUUUAAUUGGUGUACCAGGCACGCGUUUCUGAUUUUUCGUACUUGUGUAUGUCCUGCCUCAGGCGACUCUCAUGCCAUCGCGGGCCGAGCAUUCAAGAAAUGCUCGAUCGAAUAGACGAGAGUACGACUGCGCGUGGGGAUACAAUUCACCAAUCUAUGCGUCUAGAGAAACAUCGCGCGUGACCAGGUAUUCUGGGAAGGUUAUAAUCUGGGGAGUGGAGGCGACAGAAGCAGCCAAUGAAUACACUUAUAUACUGGGUGAACCGAGUGAAGGAGUUCUAUGACACCAAAGAAGAGGAAGGGCGAGCCGGCGGAGUAAUUACGGAGACAGAGUGCAGUAUAGCCCGGACAGAGAAGAUCUAUGUGCAUGCGAGUGUCUACAACGGAGGGGAGGUCUAGAGUCUAUGUUGGGUUGCGAACAGAUUACACAUGAGGCAGCGGUCCUGGAUGGGUCGUGUCUGGUAUUAUAUGGGGGUCUGCGGUCGUGACAGUGCGACGGAGGGACGCAAGCAGGUAUAACGAGAUAAUAUUUUUAUGAGCUCAUCGUAGACCAGUGGCAGCUUCCACUUCACUGAACCGCGGGAGCUCGAUGCGCUCUGGCGCAGAAGCAAUUUCGGCGCCUUUGACGUCCUCUUCGCUGUUGAGCAAACUCUGCAGGCCGACAACGGGCGUGGGUCGGGCAUUGGGCGACGACGGUGACGACGGGAGUUUCAGCGGCGGGAGCUUGAUGGGAGGCGAUGACGCCCUGGAGCCAGGCAUCGACAGCGUGGACGGUUCUGUCUGCUCGCUCAGAUUGCUGAACGUCGAUGGGGUUGAGCUGUCAGAGUGCUGUCGCGGCGCACCAUGCUGCGGGUAUCCGCCGCUGCCCGGCCGACCAUGCGGGCGGAUCGGUGUCAUGCCGAACGCAGCACGCACCGAGUGCGCGAGGUGAUGGUGAUGCGAGUGAUCUCGCCCAUGGUGCGGGUGUUGCAACUUCUGCGACCACAGUGGCGGUGAAGGCGCUCGCGAACUCGAUGCGCUCAGCGAGCCACUCCCCACGAUGCCCGGUCCGCCUGGCGUGCCGCUGUACAGCGAGUUGGCGUAACUUCGCGGACUGCUGCCGCUGCUGCUGGGCCCGCUCGACAGUUGAGGGGUAGGGAGGAAUGCCGAGUUUCGCUCGCUCGAGAACGGCAGGUAGCUUGGGACUGCCGAGUGCUGCGAUAACGACACGAGAUCACCAGUGCUGUUCCUCUUGCGGCCACCUAAUUUUCCAGGGGGACUGUCAGGCACACCCAACCGAUGACCGUGUGCGUAGCCAUCUAUUGGGCUGUCCAAGCUUGUUGGAGGGAGAUGGAACGGCGACGGAGCGCGGGAAGGAACUGCGGAAUGGAUGUUCAAUUUCCGGAGGCCACCCAGGAAUGGACUGGUCGAGGGCGUGCUCGAAACCUCGCCGUAAACCCUGCCCCCGUACACUCCAGGAACAGUGUGGUCCACGGGGUACCCGGUGGAGGCGAUGGGCGCAUGCACUGCCGCAGCACGUGUCGGGGAAUGCGUGGGGAGCAGAGAUUCGGAAUCGGAACUGACAGGAGACGGGCAGUCCUCGUGGCUAGUAUGGAGAUGGGAGCGGUGCGCGUGCGAAUAGUGAUGGUGCGGAUGAGUGUAGGCACAAUGAGCGUAUGGGUGGGAGGACUGAUGCUGCGGCCCCCGCAUAUCGAAGGCAUGACUCGUCGAGUGCGGGUGCGGUACCAUCUGGUCCUGUCGCAUGCCCGACCCACUGAGGCGGCGCGCUUGCUUGGAUGCGGGUCCAUGAGUCUCGUCAGGCAGCCUGGGCAUCGAAGCGUGGAAGUCGGGAUUGCGUUCCCGCGGCAUGCCAAAAUAGCCUCCGUCCUCGCUGUGAGAUGGGUAGAAGGGUGUCAUCAUCGGCGUUGUUGAGGCGCUCUUGCUGACACGCCCAUGCAUGCUCAUAAUCUCGGCAUGUCGAGUCUCGUACUCUGCCCGCCGGAGUGCUUCGGAAUGACGGAUUUCGUACUCAGCUCGUCGCAGCGCUUCAGCUCGCUCCAGUGCGUACAGCUCCCCCAUGGCGACGCUCGACAGCGCAGUGAAUGACGCCGAGCUCGGUGCCACGACAAGCGAGGGAUCUGUCAUCUGUGGGAGUCGGGAGCUAUGUCCCAAAAUAGUGGCAUCGUCGUUGUAGAUUGCGGUUGGACGGGCAUAUGAUUCGGACUCGUCGUCGCUAUUAGCCCUGCUCCUUGCCUUCUUCUUUGCCCGGACGGUCAUGGUGUCGAGUGCUUUCCGUGCCGGCGGCCUGGCGACGGGGGCCUCGGCAUCGUCGUCAUACAUGUGCUCGCUUCGGCUCUUGCCUUUGUCACCCACAGUCGAAUGACCAUGGCUUUGGUGAGCACUAUUGUGGAUACGAGAAUGUCUCGUGAGCUCGUCCGAACGAGAAAAUCGCUUCUCGCAUCCUGGGAACGAACAAAGAAAAGGCUUCUCUCCAGUGUGCGUCCGUAUGUGGCGGGUCUGGUGUUCCAGUCUACUGAACGCACGACCACAGAGCGGGUAAGGGCACUUGUACGGCCUGGCAACGACUUUCUCCGCAUGCGGGGGCGGGGGUGGGGACGAAGCAGGUGGGGGCACAGCCGCGUCCAUUGC